GUGGGUGCUGAAUGAACAGCGCCCUCUCGCGUGAGAAGCGGCGAUGUCUCCGCUCUUGUGAUUGGGCGGUACGAACGUCCCCUUGUUUCCGCGGGACCAAUCGGAUCGGCUGUUACAUGUUUUUUUUCUGAUCCGGGUUCACGAGGCACGCGGACUCCGCUCUCUGUGUGUUUGUGCUGUCCGCGCGCGUGAAAAGUCUGUCGAUAUUUUAAACGUAUUUACAAUGUAAGACUUUCUCAAUGUUAUUGUUGUUUUUUUCCCCACCUCCAAGCAGGCUGGCCGUGUCAUUACCGGCGCAGAAUAGUGCAAAGUAUAUCUUGAAACUCCCACUUGCGAGAUAUCUCGUAUGGUAUUCAUAGGUUUACAGUAGAGCACUGCAUGGGUCUCCGUCGCAGUCAGUGUAAUCACCUACAUUGUAUUGUACCCUAUAUAAAGUGGGAUCGACGGUGACAUUAUAAGUUGCCCGUUUAGUGGUGAAAUUAAGUCGAUCUUAAAUAAGUUGCUAAGACACGUACUGUAUGCGCUUUCAGAUUCUUGAGUUUCAACACGUGGUAUUUCCUGAUUCUUAGGUUUCAAUCAAUGGACUCCCAUUUGGGAUGGCUGGCUUAAGUUGGGACUGUGCUAGAGUUAAAUGUGUAUCUGGUGUGCAAGUUAGGACUUUGGGUUCAAGUUAAAUGUAUGCGUUCAAAUUAAUGAGAGGUUCAACGAGCAAUGGAACUGACUGAUUUGAAAGGCAGUGUUGAAUUAAGUAGUUAACACUUGGACUAAUACUCAUGGAGUAUUUUAAUCAUCACUACAUUGCAAAAACACUCCACGCAUUUUCGUCAGUGGCACUGGCGUUGAAAGGAAAAAUGUGUAAUAGGUGACCUUUCUGGACCCAUAAGAACACCAUUACAUCAAGUAACAAAAAAGGUGUGAAUAACAUAGAUGGGCUUACAACUUUUAGAUAUUUUAGCCUAAACACUUCUGCAUAAGUGACCAGACUAAUGUAUUGGCAUACUUUGUUUUCCCUAUUAAAACGUAUCCUGAAUACCUCUGUGUGUGUGAGAGCUGUAUGUUUCUUCCCCCAUCUCACAUUGGUCUCCUGUGCUUAUGACUAAAGGUUGUUGACGCGUCCCCUAAUGGACUCAUUGUUUAUGGUGGGAAGAACACAGCGGUUGCCGGCGCCAUGGAGGAAGACCAAGAGGGCGGUGUGGACGAUGCACAGCAAUACUAUUACAUCGGCAGACACCCCGGAUUCUGCGGGGCCAUCAAGCAGUCUCCAGAGGACUUCAUUGUCGUAGAGAUCGAUGAGCACAGCAACAGAGCGGACGCCGAUCAUUUGGUACCGGGCGAUGGUCCUUCAAGCCGACUUGUGCCUCGCGCUCCUGACCCCUGUGCACCAGUCGAAGCCAAACGGCCAAAGCUUGAGAGCGAGCGGUGCAUUAACGUGCCUGCGGAAUUUGUCGCGCGGUGCGACUUUCCUGCCGUGGCGGGCCCGGCUUCUGCGGAGCGUCCCCUGGGUGAAGGCGUUGCGGAGGAGGAGGUCGAAGCGGAGAUGGAGCUCGAAGUGGCGGAAUCCACCGAGCAGCUCCUCCAGGACGCGAAGUUUGACUACGCCGACGCGCACGCGGCUCUUGAAGCCACGUGCGAGGUGACGGGCGUCCGAAACUCCGUGCUGGCUGAAGACGCGGCCGAGGCGCUGGGAGAAUUCGCAGCGGCGGAACGCGCGAUGAUGAUGCUCUUGCCCGCGGGUGAAAGGAGCGACGCCGGCGGCCUCUCCCUUGGACUCUUCCCGGACAAAGAGACGAGAGCCGAGGUCCAUCGCACCGUCCGUCAGAGGUUUCCCUUCCUCAAGACGAUCACCAGUGGCACUGAGAUUAAGGCGAAGGCUGACCCCGUGUACGCGGAAUUCCGGGGUCUCGUUUCGGAGGAGGAGGCCGAUGGGUUCUUCCGGUUCGUCGACGCCAAGCGAAGGGACGCCACGUUCACGUUCCUCGCCGACUCGCAGCGGGCACGCAGGGCGGCUCUGCACCACGCCGUGACGCGCCACUUCGGCAAGGUCCUGGAGACCAAGAGCUUCUCGGAGGCUCGUGGCGGUGGAGGGCAUUGCACCAGGAUCGUGGCUCGGUUCAAAGGGAGGAGGGCACCAAGCAAGAAACGCAGGGGCACAGAUGUCGAGGCCUUGGGGAGCGAGGACUUGGAUUUGAUUGAUGGCGGCAUCUACACCGUGUUCACUUUGCAAAAGACCAACAUGGAGACACUGGGAGCGAUCAGCAUGCUGGCUUCAGAGCUGGGAGUCCUCCCGAGUGACUUCAGUUACGCUGGCACCAAAGACAAGAAGGCCGUCACCUUCCAGAGGAUGGUGGUUCAAAAAGUAACCCCCAGCAGGUUGCAGGAGGCGGCCGCGAGACUGCAGGCGAGAGGCCUGCGUGUGGCGGCGGCGAAGCGGGCCGCCCGCCCGCUGCGACUCGGCGAGCUGUGGGGGAACCAUUUCCGCGUGACGCUCAGAGGUGUCGGGGCGCCCACCGCAACCCCACAGCCGGACGACGCCGCCGUGCGGGACUGCGUCGAGCGAAGCGUGCGCGGCGUCGUGGAGCAUGGAUUUAUCAACUAUUACGGGCCCCAACGAUUUGGAGCAAGCCAAAGCAUCAAGACGGAUGAGAUUGGUAAACAUCUGCUUAAAGGCGAGCUGGACAAAGCUCUCAAGCUCUUUUUCACUCCGGAGGCAGGAGAUGAUGCUGUCAACCAGGCCAAAAGGCUCUUCCUGGAGACUGGCGACGCCAAGCUAGCCCUGUCCCUGAUGCCGGCGCACAAGACGCGCGAGCGACUGAUGCUGCGCGCCCUGCACCGCUGCGGCCCCCCCCGCGGCGACGACGUCGGAGGGAGCGGCGGCGGCGGCGGCGGCGGCGGCGGGCGAGCCGCCCGCGCCUGGGUGGCCCUGCCGCGCUCGGCGCGCCUCCUCUACCCGCAGGCCUACUGCAGCGCGCUGUGGAAUCGAGCCGCCACGGUGCGCGUGCGGCUCCUCGGAGUCCGGCGCGCGGCCCGCGGGGAUCUCGUGCUGCCGGAGGGCGCCGGCCGCCGACGGGACGCGGUGCAUGUUGUGACUGAGGAAGAGGAAGCUAAUGAGGUUUACACAAUCGACCAGGUGGUGCUCCCCAUGCCGGGCAGCAGUGUGCGGUACCCGGACAACGAGGCGGGCGCGGCCUACCGGGCCACGCUGCGGCGGGACGGCCUGGCGGACUCCGCAUUCCGCGUCGCCGAGCUGCGCGUCAGCCUCCCCGGCGCCUACCGCCGGCUCCUGGCACGCCCCGCCAACGUCUCUCUCGCCUGGACGGAGCGGGGCCUGCCCGGCGCCACCCUCCUCCGCGUCGGCCGCGCCGGUGCCGCCGACGCGGCGGAGACCGCGGAGCGUGGGAGCCUCCCGGGCGCCGCCGGUCGCGCAAGUUGCCUCUCUUCGUCGAGAGCGGCCCAGGGCCUCGACCUCGAGGCCACGGAAUCCGCUCGCCCGGCAUCUGGCGACGGUGCCGCAAGCGACCUCAAAUCGGAGAGUUGGGCGUCGCGAAGCUGUUUGCCGGCUCCUGGAGGAGGCGACGACGUUCGAUUUGAUGCGGAGGAGGCGUCCGCGGGCAAUGGCAGUGGCGUCCCUGAGACUUCGGGCUCAGAGGAGACUUUUGCUGUUGGCUCCUCUUCCUCCCUGGUCAUCACCUUUGAUCUACCCUCGUCGUGCUAUGCCACUGUGUGCCUCGGGGAGAUGAUGAAGCGUGAGGUGUGUUGACUGCGCCGGUUUGGACUUCGCCCAGAUUGUGUGCAUUGCCCAAGGCUUGGAGGAGUCGAUUUGAGAACCCCUUUAUACGAAAUAACUGUCAUCGCCGUUAUCACUUAUUGCAAUACGUCUUAAGGUGCCCUGCUGCCUUUUAAGGGGGCACCCCAAGUGGCAGCUGUCCCUGUGCGGCACAAGAUGAAUGCAGCACCUGCCUGCAGUCCGCCGCCAUUACUCUGCUAGUAGGGGGUUGCUCUGCGGCUUUUCCCAAUUAAGUAACUUGUGGGGCAAUUUACCAAAUUUCUGUAAAUUAAUCCCAAAUUACAACGUGGCACUGAAACACGUGGCCUCCUCUUUCCUGAAUAACGUCGUGGGGUAUUUAACGUCCACUGCGAAGGCGGACAGCGCAGCAGUAUUUACGGUUCGUAUUAACCGGGGCUGCCAUGGGCUCGAACCACGAGCUACUUUUCGACCAUGUCACUGUCCCGUAGAAUUCCGGUGCGCUGUCCAGCGGCAGCUGUGACAGACGAUCGGGCACGUCAAGUUAUGUGAAUGCUUCAAAUGCUUCCUCGUGAGAUUAUCCUUAAUUGUUUUGUCAGCAAACGCACAAUACGUUCAUGUGCGUGUUGUGUGUGACAACUUAUGUUGUUGACAGUGUCUGAAUAUUGACGUGGUUUGAGGUUUAUAAUGAGGUUCAUCUCAUGAUGAAAGUGUGCAAUGUUGUUUUGAAAGCCAUUGGAGUAAGCGAUAGAAAGAUUAAAAGCUCAAGUGACCUUGUGAGUAUUGGUAGCGUUAAAAGAGUGCCAACAUUGGAAUUUUAUUUCGUCUGUAAAAUGAAAACAUACACAACGUUAAAAUAAAGAAACACUUUGGGUACAAAGAUUUAA